AUGGCGCCGGAACAACGGAGGCCGGAAUUCAAAAUAUCUUCCAAAAGGCACCGCUAUUCGAUUGGCCUCGUGUUCCUGUGCGCGUCGUGGCUGCUGUCGGCCGAGGCAGCUGAGGCUCCGGGCGGCUACGAGCCAUUGAAGCUGAACGGAACGAAGUGCACGGUUCGCGAGCCGCUGUACAACCAUACGUUCGAUUUUAGCUCGCUGAGCUCCGACCUGCAGCACCACGUCAUGUCGGAUGAGGAGAAUCCCGAGCGGUUCUUCUUCAACGUGUGCGACGACUCGGAGGCCUUUUUGAAGCAGGCGGGUGGCAAUGUGUCGCUGGGUCGGCAGCCGGCGUUGCUGUUCGACGAGGGCCGCAUCCAGUUCCGGUUCGAGGGUGCGCCGUGUGGCACGACCGGUAGCGUCCACUCGCUGGAGAUCAUACUGAUCUGCCGGUACGAGCACAAUCCGGACGAGCUGCGGGUGGUGCCGUACGCACCCGGCAGCUGCCGGUACUUCAUCUUCUGGGACACGCCACUCGCUUGCCUGCCGUUGCCGGACCCGGUGCGCAACAACAACUGCACGGUGCAGGACGGCACGUACGAGUACAGUCUGCUGGAGCUGGGGCGCGAAAACCACGAGGUGCACCUCGCCAACGGCUCCAAGUUCAUCCUGUCCGUGUGCAAGCCGGUCCACUACAGCCACGAGGCGAUGUGUCCGCCCGGCAGUAGCGUAUGUUUUGUGAAUGCAACCGAACCGGUUCGCGCGCGCCGGUACCGUGACUUUGGCCAGGCCGUCGCGAACCCAACGCUGAAUGCGCAGGGCGUGCUGGAGAUGCGCAUGCGGUCGGGAUCAGAGCAGGGGUGUGGGGGCGAGUCGCGGAUCGUGUUCCGGUGCGGUUCAAGCCCGGACGUGGUGAAAUAUCUCGGCCAGAAGAACUGCACGCACGAGUUCGAGUGGAGCACGGAGCUGGCGUGCCGGAACGUGACCCGCUCCUGUGCCCUCAACAAGCUGGUCGAUCUGAGCCCGCUGGCGAACCGCACCUACCCGGUGACGGCGGCCGGGAACAAUCACACGUACGAGCUGGCCGUGUGCAACGCUCCGUCGCUCGGUUACCGCUGCGAUCCGUCGUGGGGUGCCUGCGAGACACACCCAGGCAAUGGCACGCAAACGACCUCGCUGGGACUGCUGAACGACGAGCUGCAUUUCGACAAGAACCCCUACCUGCAGUACCGGUCCGGGGCGGGUUGCACGGCGAAUGGGACCCACUGGGAGACGCGCAUCGAGUUUAUCUGCGACAGGACACGCUCGCAGCCGCUGGUCGUGGUGGCCGAGGACAGCGACUGCCUGCUGGUGGUGCACUUCGUGACCAGCUACGCGUGCCUCGGACAGCUCGAUUGCGGCGCUUACAAUGCCUCCUCACCGGACCAGUUCAUAGACCUUAGCCCGCUGGUGCGCUCCGACGGCAACUACGAGGCGCAUCUGGGGCCGGGCAUCCCGAACACGCACCGCUACUUCAUCAACGUGUGCCGCCCGCUCGUACCACAGUACGGCCUAAGCUGCCGGGGCGGGGCGGCCGCCUGCGAGACCAUCUUUGACGGGCAAACGCAGCGCAACGAAACGACGCUCGGCUACCCGGAGGUGCAACCCGUCGUGGUCGGUGACACCGUGCUGCUGAAAUACUUCCACGGUGAACCGUGCCGUCACGAUCCGCACACCAACCUCUCCACCAGCAUCACCUUCCGCUGUGUGCCAUCCGCCGGAGCGGGCGAGCCGCAUUUGGUCGAGAUCGCCAACGAAUGCCACUAUCGCUUCGACUGGCCCACGUCCGUGAUCUGCGGCCCGACGCACAACACCACUCCAACACCUCCACCACCGACG